GUGCUCGAUCUGUUGGGCAAGGGAGGAUUUGCUAAUGUGUAUAGAGCGAGGAGUAAACAUAAUGGACAGGAAGUAGCCAUUAAGAUGAUUGACAAAAAGCUGAUGAGAGCUGCCGGUAUGGUGACAAGAGUUCGAAACGAAGUAGAAAUCCACUGUCAACUGAAACAUCCAUCUGUACUCGAGUUGUAUAACUUUUUUGAGGAUGACAAGUACGUGUACUUGGUGUUGGAGAUUUGUCACAACGGAGAGCUGCAGCGCUUCCUGAGUUCUCACUCUCAAGUUUUUUCAGAAAAGGAAGCUGCAAGCUACUUGGCACAGAUCAUAGAUGGAUUGGAGUAUUUGCAUUCUCACGGCAUUGUACAUCGUGACAUGACACUUUCCAACUUGCUCUUGACGAAGGAUAUGAGUGUGAAAAUUGCUGAUUUUGGGUUGGCAACGAAGCUGAGUAUGCCUGAUGAGAAGCACCUCACCAUGUGUGGCACUCCAAAUUUUAUUUCUCCAGAGAUCGUGGCCAGGCAGCCUCAUGGUCUUGGAACCGACGUGUGGUCUUUGGGUUGCAUGUUGUACACGUUCUUUACUGGCUUUCCACCAUUUGAUACUGAAGGAGUGAAGACAACACUAACUAAAGUUGCUUCUGGCAGCUUCAACAUGCCCAGACAUCUUUCUCACGAGGCUCAGGAUCUGAUCUACGCCAUGCUGCAGAAGGAUCCUAAGCAAAGGAUUUCGUUGAACAGUGUGAGAAACCAUCCAUUCAUGACGGCGUCUUCACACAAACAGGGUAGUCUUAAUGACCAUGACACGUCUGUCGAUAGUGGUCACGUGACUGUUACAACGACGACUACAUCUCAUAGUGCCACGUCGGCGGCGCAUCGUGGACAACCGGUUGUCUUCUUGCCUUCUACGUCAAACAUCUCAUCACGGACGUCGAAGUAUCACAACGACACGUCCGAUUACGAACAAUAUCCCGAAGAGAGAGUGAAACGGUCGUCUUCGGUAGGAGCAGUCAGUGACAUGAGAACGAGGACGUCGAAUCAAAGUCUUACCAACUCGUCGUCACAACCGGCAGCAUUGAGACACAGAUCGUCGUCUUUACAGAGCCAGAGUACUGCAAGCAGACAGACAUUAAGCGAUCGUCAGUCGUUAGCAAGGAGGCAACGUCAGCCGUUGCAUGAAGAAACGGGGAAGAAGUUGUGCGAUGUGUGUCCACCGUUGAGUGCUAAACGACUACGACCAAUCAAGCAGAAGACAAGGAACAGUGUGGUGAGCAUUGCCGAGAACGGAGACGUGUGUGUUGAGUUUAUAAAGACGAGACGAGACGCUGAGGUUGUAACCGAGGUGUUUAGAGUAUCAUGUGAUGGACAACAGAUUUGUGUGAGUCACACAGAAAGCAAUGACGUAAAGACGUACUCGUACGACGAUCUACCCGAGAAAUACCACAAGAAAUACGUCUAUGCUGCUCAGUUUGUACAGCUCGUGCAGUCCAAGACUCCCAAGGUGACGUGUUACUCGCCACAAGCGAAGUGUAUGAUGAUGGAGAACUUUCCCAAUCCUGACUAUGAAGUUUGCUUUUAUCAUGGGCCCAAGGUUCACAUCACAGAAGAGCAUGUGAAACUGAUUGAUGCUUGUGGGGGCUUACACACCAUGACUACACCAUCACAGUCUGGACUGUCAGAGCAGUCGCAGCUACUUCUUAGCCACGCCGGUGAAUGCAAAGAGAAAUGCCUUGCUGUGCAUACAGCCAUACAGGAAUUGUGCAAGCAGCCAGUAAUUGGUGAAGCUUUUCCGGUUAUUGUUGGUCGACGACCUUCAUCAGCAGUUGAGAAAUCGUCUGUGUGUCAGGAUUUGGUAGCAAGGCCUGGAGCAUUUGACAAGGUCACACCACGUGGUAAUGUUGUGUCACCGAGCACAGUCGACGUCAAUGCAGCAUCGUUGAAGUCGUACGAAACCGUAACUUCGGAACAGCUGAGACGUCGUGUGUUUGUGCCAGACGUUGGGUGGGCAUCUCAGGUAUGCAUUGCACUACGGGAAGUCAAUACUAAACAGUCAUGACAUUCAUAUUGAUUUCAAUGAUGUCACUCAACUUCAAGUGAACUCUGAUGUCACCAAACUUGUCUACAUCAGUGCAGACGGUCAUCAGACAAUUUACAAACAAGGAGAUAACAUCCCACAGAGUGUCAAGACCAAGUUAGCUCAACUUCCCACGGCUAUUGAAAGACUGAAGGAUCCGACGGCGAUUUGUUCAUCAAACGGUCAACAUUCACAUAAUGCACAUGACAGAUUAUAC